AAAAGUGCCGCUACCUCGGCGGUUUCGGUUUUCGCUGCGAGUGUCCGCGGAGGCCGGGUUUGUGGGGCGCCUGGAGUGAGGGUUCUGGAUCCCGGCCGCGAGAUGAGGAACCUGGGGCCAUGAGAGGUGAAAGGAUAAGUUACCCAAGUGACAUCGCUAAUUAAGUAGCAGAGCUGGGAUUAGAACUCAGGUUUCCUGCCUCCCAAGAUUAUUAAAAUGAGUCUUCGGAAGCAAACCCCUAGUGACUUCUUAAAGCAAAUCAUUGGACGGCCAGUUGUGGUAAAAUUAAAUUCUGGAGUGGAUUAUCGAGGGGUCCUGGCGUGCCUGGAUGGCUACAUGAACAUAGCCUUGGAGCAGACAGAAGAAUAUGUAAAUGGACAACUGAAGAAUAAGUAUGGGGAUGCAUUUAUCCGAGGAAACAAUGUUUUGUACAUAAGCACACAGAAGAGAAGGAUGUGAAGACACCAAGAGACACUUUUCAUAGUUGGAUAUAUUUUUUAUGAAUUUUUUUCUAUUUUUUGAUUCUUUCAUGAUAUGAUUUAUCCUGUUUUUAUAAUAAUUGGCAAUUUUCAUUGACUGAUAAAUAAGAUAAAUGUAUAAAAUUGUGGAUUUAAUUGUGAAGUGUUUUUUCACAUAAGUUUCAGUCAUUUUUCUUUUACCUUUGUAUCAAUGUACAGAAUGCUAAAAAAAUAAAAAGUAAAAAGACAAA